GGCGUCCCCGCGCAGGAGAUCUAAAGCGGCAGCGGGGAGCUGGGGGUGGCCGCUGCGCUGCCUCGCCGCUUGCCCGGGCCUCCUGGCUGGGCCCAAACAGGAAGAUGCGGUGUCAAAAAAUUGCCAAUUUUGGCAACCAGCUUCUUCGUCGGAAAAAUGUGGACUGCACUCGAGAAGACAGUCGCCUCUCGCGAUGCCUUAACACGUUUGACUUGGUGGCCCUGGGUGUGGGCAGCACUCUGGGCGCAGGCGUCUAUGUACUGGCUGGAGCUGUGGCGCGCGAAAACGCGGGACCUGCCAUCGUUAUCUCCUUCUUGAUCGCCGCCUUGGCUUCAGUGCUGGCCGGACUCUGCUACGGAGAGUUUGGUGCUCGAGUUCCUAAGACGGGAUCAGCUUAUCUCUACAGCUACGUGACUGUGGGUGAGCUGUGGGCCUUCAUCACAGGGUGGAAUCUAAUCCUGUCCUAUGUUAUCGGAACCUCAAGUGUGGCCAGAGCCUGGAGCGCGACGUUUGAUGAAAUCAUAGGUCAGCACAUUGAAAAAUUUUGUAAAAAGUACAUGACGAUGGAUGCUCCUGGAGUGCUAGCACAAUACCCAGACAUCUUUGCUGUGGUGAUAAUCUUCAUCCUGACUGGGCUUUUAGCUUUUGGCGUGAAAGAAUCUGCCCUGGUGAACAAAGUGUUCACCUGCAUCAACGUCCUUGUCCUUGGAUUUGUCGUGAUCUCUGGCUUUGUGAAAGGAUCGGUUAAAAACUGGAACCUGACUGAACAGGACAUUUACAACACCAGCCAUAGUGUUUUCAAAGACAAUCAAACACAGGAAGAAAAGCUCUACGGUGUUGGAGGGUUUAUGCCCUAUGGAUGGAAAGGAGUCCUCUCAGGGGCAGCCACGUGUUUUUAUGCUUUUGUGGGAUUUGACUGUAUUGCUACCACAGGUGAGGAGGUAAAAAACCCUCAGAAGGCCAUUCCUAUUGGCAUUGUGGCAUCUCUUCUCAUCUGCUUUGUGGCUUACUUUGGUGUGUCGGCUGCCCUGACGCUCAUGAUGCCUUACUACCAGCUGGAUACCAACAGCCCUUUACCCAAUGCCUUUAAAUAUGUGGGUUGGGAUGGAGCCAAUUAUGCGGUGGCUGUCGGUUCCUUGUGUGCACUUUCUACAAGUCUCCUUGGCUCCAUGUUUCCGAUGCCUCGAAUAAUUUAUGCUAUGGCAGAAGAUGGACUUCUCUUUAAAUUUCUGGCUAAAGUCAACGAGAAGAGAAAAACUCCCUUAAUUGCAACAGUGACAUCAGGUGCUACUGCAGCUGUUAUGGCCUUUCUCUUUGACUUGAAAGAUCUUGUGGACCUCAUGUCCAUCGGGACCCUCCUGGCUUACUCCUUGGUAGCAGCCUGUGUGUUGGUACUGAGGUACCAGCCAGAGCAGCCUAAUUUGGCAUACCAGAUGGCUAGGUCGACAGAGGAGACAGAUAACAACGAGUCUGUGAGCACCAGUGAGUCACAGGCUGGGUUUCUGCCAGAGGAAGAGGAGAAGUUUUCCCUCAAAGCCAUACUGUGUUCCACAGAUUCAGAUCCUUCCAAAUUCUCUGGUUCGGUGGUGAACAUCUCAACCUUCAUCAUUGGUUUCCUUAUUGUGGGUAUCUGUAUCCUGACUUCUUUUGAGCCAAACAUUCUGAUAAACACUGUACAGAUUAUUGCCGCCAUCCUUGUUGUCACUGUCAUCUUCAUUAUACGGAAACAGCCUGAAAGCAAAACCAAACUCUCCUUUAAGGUACCUUUUCUGCCCUUUCUUCCUGUUGGGAGUAUUUUUGUGAAUGUUUACCUCAUGAUGCAGCUAGAUGCAGGUACAUGGAUUCGGUUUGCAAUCUGGAUGCUUCUAGGCUUUAUCAUCUACUUUACCUAUGGAAUAUGGCAUAGUGUGGAAGCCAGCUACGCAGCCUCAGCAGAAGCGGAGAGAAACACGGACACUGGCUCAGACAGCUAUAAAUGACAGUGUUUGGCUUACGGGCGACUGAAAGAAUGGCUGCAGUGACAGAAACUCUGUGGUGGGGAUCCUGAACCAGAUUACACCUGUAAUCAGUUAUGUGGGAAUAAGGAAGCAGAAUGCAGGCCUCCCCAGCUUGGUCACUGCAGCUUGCAGUUUGUUUAGCAGCACAGUUGAAAGGGACCACAAAAUGAAAAGACACGACUCUGGCAUAUUCCCAGCAGCACUAGCAGCUCAACUGGGGUGCUUCCCUCUCUCCCUCUCCUGUUUUGUUUUUUUUUUCCCCCAGUGUGUAGAAAGAGAACUGCUUCUGUGUGCAAAUGCUGCUAUGAAACCAGGCCUCACAAUUGUCCUUCUUUCAGUAGCCCCGUGAAUUACCUCCCCACAGAUAUUCUACUUGAUUAUACAUAGAGCAGGUUUUGCAGUGCUACUGUCAGGCAUCAUCCAGGAUCCAUCCUUCACCCUGUGUGAGCUGGGUGUACACCCUGUGUACCCUUUGUGGACGCACACAAAGAAAGAGAAAAGGUUCUAGCCAAACACUUGAUUUCACCAGGUUAACAAAGCAUCUGCAAGAUUUGUAUUCUUUAAAAUAUCAGGUCUUACCUUUUUUGUUUUAUUUAACAGGGUUUUUUAGCUACGUGCUCACAUGCUUUAAAGCAUGUCACUGCUGUGAAAUGUUGGGAAGGUUUGUGGUCGCUGAUUGUCAGGUGAGUGAUUGCUUGCCAGCGCACAGGUAGCACCAGCAGGUGUUUCUCCCAACUGUACGCUCCACAGAGGAAUUGCCAGCUUUAGUCAGGAAACCAUAUAGUGCAAGUACUGCAAAGGCUUGAAAACCCAUGGGUGUCUCCAAAGAGCAGUGCUGCCUCUUUGCCUCAGAAAUCGCCAGUGGUGUGUCUGGAGUGGUGGGGGUGGCCAGCAGAACUGACCUAGCUCUGACACCAAGUGGAGCCCUAUGUUCCUCCCCCCACAUCAGUUUUGUGUGCUGGCUGCCUGGCAUUAGCAACUUUGGUUUGGCAUUGGCAGGUGGAGCACAUUCCUGCCCUGGGAAGGGAAGCACAGGAGGAUCCUCAGAGGCAGGAAGUUCUUACGUGAGCAGUGCCUGGUGUCUGUCCCCUGCUCAGGGGAGGCUGUGGGGCGUGCAAGGGCUUCUCAGUCCUGGUAGAGUGUGCAGCCCAGAAAACACCAUUAAGCUGUAAGGUUUGACUUGCUGAGGGCAGUCCUUUCCCUUUGGGGCUGGACAUCCUCUCCAGAGCCUGCCUCUAGUGGAAGGCAGGAAAUUUGGAGUUGAGACCAGCGUCUGUAUUUGUUUGGCAAUGCCUUGGUUUUGGCUGUAAGAUGCUUUUUUAUUUUAAUUCUCUGUAAUAGCUUUCCCUAGCCAAAUUAAUCCACUACCAUAAAAAGGCUUAUUAAAAGCACCGUGAAGGUAAGCCAUGCCCAAAUAAUGCCACUGAUCUAAAUUAACGCUUCAGCUUGUACUGAAAAACAAAUCACAGAACUGUGGAAUGGUUUGGGUUGGAAAGCAACCUUUGAAGGUCAUCUGGUCCAGCUUACCUGAUAUCAGCAGGGAAAUCUUUAACUAGAUCAGGUUGCUCAAAACCCUAUCCAACCUGUUCUCAAACAUUUCCAAGAUUGGAGCAUCCCAGAUACUGCAGAAAUCCCCUUUCCCGAUGUGAGUGGAUGCUUUCCUAGGUGCCCUUCAUAUUACUGCCUCUGAACACUGGACAAUCUUUAAUUUCUUUGUCAGCAUGUCUCUCGCUGAUGAAUCGACAGGCUCUUGUACCUGUCAUCAAGUUGGAGAACUGAACAGACCCCUGCAUGACUUGCCCAGGGUCUCACCAGGCAUCUGAUGCAGCAGAAAGGAGAAUCAGACCAUCUCCUGGAUUACAUGGCUGGAUUGUGGACCAUUUCUCAUGUUUCCAAGAGACUUUAUAGCCUUUCUGCCCACUGAAGGGUUUUAAUCUUUCAAUUCUACUACACUGGGAGGCUUUUCUUGUCAGGAUUGGAAUUUAAGGAUGUGAAGGCAAUGUGUUCAUUUCCUCCUAGGUGUACUUCAGGGUGUGUUAUGAGUGCAGCUUCCCCCACAAAUGAAGUUGGGGGUCUGCUCCAGUCAACGGGUCUUGACCAUCCGCCAAGCCUUUGCUCCUCCUGCAUACACAAAGUCUUACUCAAGCAAGGAGAGAUGAAUAUAGAAAUUAAAAGCCAUUAAGUUGAAGUCUAUUUGGCUUAAACACAGGCAAGGUCAACACACUCCACAGCCUCUCAAAAGGCACUAAAAAUGUGGUGGGAGGGCAACAAGAUGAAAACCCAGACAGGAUCAAAGUUUUGUAUUGUUCCAAAAAUAUAAGAAUGUUUUUCCUACCUGGCUACCAACUUCUCUUUAAUGAAAACAUGAAGCUUGUGUCCUUGCCAAAGCUUCAUCUGUGCUGAGCAAGCCAGGGGCUUGGUGAAAAAUCUUUUCAGGAGGAUGUUGUCAGGCACAUUACUGAGGUGGUGUAUAACCCGGUCCCUUUUUAAUCCUUGUGGCAAAGCCUGAGCAGCUCUGUGGCUCUCAGCAGGAGGGCAGGGUGAAGGGAACAGGGGAUAAGGUGUUGAAACUGAGUGAACUGAACAGUGGGGAGUUCAGGUGUUUGCUGAUGAAGCUGAACCACUGGCAGAAAUGUUCCUGUUACCACAUGCUGCAGCAUGACACUUCAGUGGAAACAUUGCGGACCACAAUCACUGUUCUGGAAACCCCAGUCACACUGGAAACGUCCUAGAAAAUGAGUCCAUGGGAACUCAUAACAUGUGAGCCGCUGUCAGGUACUGCAGCUGACCAGCCCUGCUGCCAGGAAGCUGAUGACUGUUUAGCUUCAUCUUUACCUUAAUGGGGUAACCCUCUAAUGGGAUUUUGCUUUAUUUCCCCUUCAUCCGAGUUUCUGUGUGCACAGAAAACACGGCAGGACAUGCUGAUCUGUAUGCGUCAGGCCACGGGUGCACUGGCGCAUGGAUUUAUUAUCAGGAAUAUAUUACACAUAUCUGUACAUCAUAAUUGAAAUAAUACAAACUCUUCCUGUAAUCAUUAGCCACAUAAUAAACGGGACCACGGAA